AUGGAGUCUACACUCCUGGGACAGCUAUUGUUGCUCAUGUCUCGUUCUAUGUUUCUAUGUUCCCACGUUAUAGUCGCCUUCAUGAAUGAAUUCCAACCAGAUCGUUGGAACCCCUACAACUGGCCGAUGUGGAAGCGAGUCUAUCAUCCUGUUCUUCCAGCGGUAUUUAGUCUUGUUGUCACAAUCGGCUCAUCAAUAUACACAUCUGCCGUACCUGAGGUAAUUAACCGAUUUGAUGUCUCAGAUUCCGCUUCCAUAGUGCCUUCCUCGCUGUUUCCCCGUCAGCGUGGGCUUUGGUCCGAUGCUCGCAGCGCCCUUGAGCGAGAACUUUGGCAGGGCCUCGAGCUACAUGAUUUUCCUCCCGAUACAUGCACUAUUCACACUCGGGGCAGGCUUCGCACAAAACUUCGCUACCCUUGUGAUCUGUCGUUUUUAGCUGGAAUUUUCGCCAGCCCACCACUCGUUGUCAGUGCGGGCACCAAUGCAGAUAUCUGGAAACCAGAGCAUCGCGCACUCGCAACAACUCUAUUUGCUCUCUACCCUUUUUUUGGACCAGCAUUAAGGUCAGGUACACCAUGGAUCAUCCUAUUCUUUGCCAUGUUCGCCUAUAUUCUUGUCCUGGGCAUUCAGGAAACGUACAAAAAGAUCAUCAUCUUCCCGUCGGGCUGGCAGGCGAUGAGGUUCCGCUUUAAGGUCACUUUUCUGCGGCCGGUGAAGAUGCUCUACUCAAAACCGAUUGUCAUUGCUUGGUCGCUUUACAUUGGAUUCACCUUUGCCGUACUGUAUUCCUUCUUCACCGCAUUCCAGUACAUUGACGUCACGGUUUAUGAAUUUAAUAUUCAACAGAUCGGUUUAACGUUCAUUCCCACCAUCGUCGGAAGCUUUCUUGGCUCCGUGAAUGUUGUCCUAGUUAACAGGCGCUUGCAUGUCUAUAUGAUUGGCGGUUGUGGACUGCCAAUCGGAUUGUUCUAUUCUCUGAUUGCGGCAGUGAUAAGUGGAUUACUUUAUCUCCUCGACGUUUAUGGGGUGUUAGAGCACACUUGUACACCCAAUUUUUAA